AUGAUGAAUGCUCUGGGUUUUGGUCUCCUUUGUUUGCUCCUCUGGCCUGAAUCUUCAGAGGCUCAGUUCCCUCGAGUGUGCUGCACAGUCGAGGGGAUCGUGUCCAAGCAGUGCUGCCCCGCUCUUGGCUCAGAUCCUGCCAAUGUAUGCGGCUCUCUGGCGGGGAGAGGAAGCUGCUCGGCUGUCAGAGUCGACAGCAAACCCUGGGGAGGACCAUACAGACUGAGAAAUGUUGAUGACAGAGAGAGGUGGCCGACCAAAUUCUUCAAUCAGACUUGUAGAUGUACUGGUAACUUUGCAGGUUAUGACUGUGGUCAGUGCAAAUUUGGCUGGACCGGACCAAACUGUGACCAGAGGAAAGCCCCUGUUGUGCGGAAAGACAUCCACACCUUGACCCCCGAAGAGCUCCAGGAGUUCCUCAAUGUCCUGGAACUGUCUAAGACCACCACCCACCCAGACUACGUCAUUGGCACCCAGCAUUGGCUCAGACUACUGGGACCAAAUGGAACUGAGCCCCAGUUUGCCAACAUCUCCAUCUACGACUUCUUUGUCUGGCAACAUUACUACUCUGUCCGAGACACUCUUCUGGGUCCCAGUCGUCCGUUAAAAGCCAUGGAUUUCUCACACAAAGGACCAGCAUUCAUCACCUGGCACAGGUAUCAUCUUCUCAGUUUGGAAAGAGAGUUACAGAGAUUGACCGGCAAUGAGAAUUUUGGGAUCCCAUACUGGAACUUUGCCACGGGGCAAAGCGAGUGUGAUGUUUGUACCGACUCUCUGUUGGGGGGAAGAAACCUGGACAACCCGUCCCUCAUCAGCAACCAGUCCAGAUUCUCCAGAUGGGGGGUGGUAUGUGACAGUUUGGAUGAGUACAAUCGCCUGGUGACUCUUUGCAAUGGCACCAGUGAGGGUUCCAUUCAGAGAGGGAUCAUGGGGGGUGGUAACAUGACUCUGCCCACCAUGACCGAUGUCAGAAGCUGCCUUGGAAUCAGAGACUUCGACAGCCCUCCAUACUUCACCAACUCCUCCUUUAGUUUUAGAAAUGCUCUUGAGGGGUAUGAAAGACCAGAUGGAGAACUGGACGAAUCAGUCAGUAACCUUCACAACCUGGUCCACUCCAUGCUCAAUGGAACCAGCGCUUUGUCUCACUCUGCAGCUAACGACCCCAUAUUUCUGGUGCUCCACGCUUUCACUGAUGCCAUCUUUGACGAGUGGAUGAAAAGGUUCAUUCCAUCCAACACAACCUUCCCAGAUGAGAUGGCCCCCAUUGGUCACAACAGGGACUUCAACAUGGUUCCCUUCUUCCCUCCAAUCACCAAUGAGGAGAUAUAUGUUACAUCUGAGCAGCUGGGAUACUCUUAUGCCAUUGCCCUGGAUGAUGCAGGGCCGGCUAUGUUUGUGCUGGGAUCCACUCUGGGGGGAGUCUUCAUUGGUCUCCUGGUGCUUCUGCUUAUCUUCGUGCUCUACCUGCGUCAGCGGAGAAACAGAGGCUUUGAACCCCUGAUAAAAGCAGACUUCACAAAUAGAAAGUACACAGAGGAGGCCUAG